AUGGAAAUUAUAAGAGUGAAAAUGGAUCGAUAUAAGAUGAGAAGCACAACCAAAGAAUGUACUGUCCCUCGAGUUACACCAGCUCACUCUUUGGGAGUAAGUGAAGCCGCUGAAACUGCCAACAGAGAUCAAAUCAUGCACCGUGUCCAUAUCGAAAAUGGGGUGAUCGCAUUAAGUGGCCAUAAUGAGGUGUUUGAAUCUGCUUCCCUGUUCCUAGUCACUCGCUCCUCAUGCUGUGCACAUACUGUAAGGAAUCACGUGGCCUCUCGCAGAAACCCUUCACUUCCUAAGCUAGACCAACUCUGGCCUGCACCAACUCAUAGAAAUGACAUGGUUGUCACUCACGUGAUUGAGCCCUUUCCAAGUGGCCACCCUAAUGGGGUUAUGCCACGUGGUUGA